UAGGUAAUACAUCCAGGAGCUAUAAGAGGGGUAAAGGAGACACUAUCAGGAGAAUCAAAAUAUAUGACAUAAAGUAUAAAUAGUAAUGCGUUUAUUAAAUAUAUGAAAGUAUCACAUAGUGUAAUAGUAAUAAUAGGAAUAUUCAUAAGUACAGUUAUAACACAACAGCAAAGAGAAGUGGCAAUACAAGGACCAACCACAACAACCACAACAACAGAAAGAUCAGGGCCGUGCCCAGUACCACAGGGACAAGCACCAGGUGGAUGCGGACCAGGUGGCUGUGGACCAGCAGGUGGCUGCCCAGGCGGUAAGUGCGGACCAGCAGGUGGCUGCCCAGGCGGUAAGUGCGGACCAGCAGGUGGCUGCCCAGGCGGUAAGUGCGGACCAGGUAGCUGUGGACCAGCAGGUGGCUGCCCAGGCGGUAAGUGCGGACCAGGUAGCUGUGGACCAGCAGGUGGCUGCCCAGGUGGUAAGUGCGGACCAGGUGGCUGUGGACCACAGCAACAAGGAGGAUGUCCAGGCGGUAAGUGCGGACCAGGUGGCUGUGGACCACAGCAACUGCAGAGAAGGAACAGUUGCCCAGCAGGUGGCUGCCCAAGCGGUAAGUGCGGGCAGGUACAGCAAAUGCCAGCAGGUGGUAAGUGCGGACCAAAGCAACUGCAGAGAAGGAACAGUUGCCCAGCGGGUGGCUGUGGCAGAUAAUACUUAUAUUAUCUGUACAUUACGUAUUAUUGCUGUAGAUUUAGGGUUAUAUCGGGUUAUGACCAAGUAUAAAUAAAUGGUAAAAUG